AUGAAUACUGCUGGCGCCUCAACCCCCAGGGCAAGUGGCAUCCACAAGUCGAAUUCCACAGCUUCGGCCGGCGCUCGCUCCACCAAAUCCCACGAAUCCGUCUUGGUCGUCGGCGUUCACCCGCUUGGUACGCUUCGCGUCUUGAGACCAGAGCGCUCGCCCCGCAGCACCGAGCAGGACCCAGCUGUUUGCGACGGUGACGAUGACGACCAACAAGACCCUCCUCCUCUGGAUCCUCCGGAUCCUCCGGAUUCUCCUACAGACGACGCCUACGCCUAUCACUUGAGCGGGUCUCGGUCUCAGCAGCAUGCAGGCUUUUCCGCCCGCCCCCCGAGGCGUCCACGGGAUGGCCAAACGCACGACAUGGGCGGUGGCGAUGUCAUCAUCAUUCUUGAUCUGCCCCCAAUCUUCGUCGUCGGUUACGACGCCGUCUCCUUCAUGGCCAAGGGUUUUGCUGGCGUGCGAGACAUCCCUGCCGGACCUCACUUCUUCUGGGUGGCCCACCCCAGCGGCAUUGCCGCUCGAGCUGGCGUUUGGCUUUUCGCCUCCGAGACUCACGACCGCGUUCACGUCGUGCAGUGGGACCGGUACAACGAAGCCCUGACCGAGCCCACUCGUUCGGAAUCGCGCAACCACGCCGAGGCGGUGCCCAACAUCCACGCCAAGCUCGUCCCCCAUCCGGACCCCUCGGCAGUCGGGCCAUCCAUUGGUCACCUGUCCUCGUCCAGGACCGACGCGAACCUCAGAAUCUGGACGCAACUGACAAACAGCGUCACACCAUCUCUGCUGGACCGCAUCGCCGGACCGCAAACCGGAGGCUGGAUCACCCAUACCCUCGACCGUGCUUACGGAGUUGUCCAGUUCUCCGCCGAGGUCCAGCUGGAACGAGCCGUGCCCAACAAGAACCUGCAGCAGCGGCAGCUCAAGUUCACCUUUGAAAGGACCACCAGGCUCUUCUCGCGCGAGUCCUUUGGAUCCGAACGAUCCUUGCAGGCCAUUGAUCCCACCGACUACGUCUUGUCGCAGAUUGAGGAUCCCGGCAAUGACCUGGCGUACGAGGAUCUCGUUGGAGAGUUUCAGUUUUCCUUUGUUGUCGGCGUGCUGCUCGGCAACGACGCCUGCCUCGACCAGUGGUGGUUCAUGGCUCUGAAGCUUCUCGUCAAGUCUCACCUCCUCGUGAGGAAGCGGCCUCUGCUGGCAGCGUCCCUGUUGCGGACGUUGACCGCGCAGGUUACGUACGGCACAUCGUGGGUCGACACCACCAUGCUCGAUCCGUCAGAGCACAACUGCCGGGAGCUGCGAGUCGGCCUCAUCGUGUACAAGCGUCGCAUGGAGGAGUUUUUGCAAGGCGACGGAGACCUCAUCACGCCCAACCACCUGGCUGUUGGCACGGCCUUUUCCAGACUCGAGUCCACCUUGACCGGCUUGGGCUGGGAUCUCGGCGCCAACUACCCCAGGGAGGGGACGUUUAUGCUGGAGGAUGGAGAGGAGGUUACGCUUGAGCAUGUCGAGCUGGACGCCGAGGAUGAGCGGGGUGAAUGGGCCCCGGAGAUUGUCGAGCUGGACGAGCACGGUCGACAGCGUGACCUGAUCUCCUGGAACGAUUGA